AAGGAAUUAGCGUAGUGUAAUUUUAAUUUAAGGUGACGUUUAUGCAUAAUUUUUUAAUGGAAUUUAAUAAUAUGUACGCCUGCGCGUUAUGUACGUUGUUAACUUCACAGCAACAAGUUUGACGUGACGCCAUUUCACUUCACACUUGUUUACAAGUCGGUUGUGUUUUUGCGAUUGUAAUUUUUUAAGUAUUUUUGUGUGUUUAGUUGUUUUUACCAUGGAAGAUGGCGAAUUAAUCGACCAAGUGAGGCUGUUUUCCCACUUGUACGAUAAAAGUAACAAGCUUUACAAAGAUAGUUCGGCAAUAAAAAAUGCCUGGGAAACAAUUUCCCAUGUUUUGGGAAGUACAGGUAAAAGAUCAAAGUGUAGUAUUCCUUUAAUAACAUUAUACUUUAUAGUGGAAGACUGUCAACGUAGGUGGGCUGUACUGCGAGCACGUUUCAACGCGGAGCGGAAGAAGUAUACUCCAUCAGGGGCCGCAGGCGAUACUUCGUCAUGGGUAUACUUCAACGCCAUGUCGUUUUUGACCGAGCACGUUACUCAAAGAAGAACUAAGAGAAACAUACCUGCCGCCACUUCAUCAUGUGCUGCGGAGAAACAGAAACUGAAUCCCUGGGAAUCGUUUUCCAUCAUGAUUGAAGGGGAAUCUGAGGAGUUUGAGGAAGAUCCUCACGUCAAUCUCCUCUCACCCACUUCAUCGAUGUCAAGGACUAGCACUUUAACACAGCAGUCCGCUCCUUCACCUACAGAACGGCCGACAAAAGCAAAGUCUCAGAAAAAGGUGGAUGAGAAUGUCAACAAAACCAUCCAACAAGCAAUGGGCACGUUGGAUGGCUACAUGACUUCCAAAGCGCAUCAACCAACAAUGCCCACGGAGGAAGACCGGGACAUGUGCUUCGGGAAAAUGGUGGGCUUAGAAUUAAAAGAAAUUAAGGACGAGAACAAAAAAAAAGAAUUAAAACGUCAAAUUUUACAAAUUUUAUAUAGUUAGUUAUAAGUAGUUAUAAAUAUUUCUUAGCAUAAAACUAGUUCUAAAUAAUAAUGUAGGUGUAAAUUUAUAAAAAUAUAAUAAGUAGUUAUUAAAAUGUGUUUGGCAAAGCUCCUCUCCAUACUCUAUCCUCUUGCCAAGCUACAGAUCCCUCUGGUGAGUUUACAUAUGUACAGAGUCUAUCACGCAGUAUUUUAUAAUUUACUUUGGGAUUAUUUGAUCCCACUCGACCUAUUGGUCGAAGACAUGAUUGUGAUGAAUCAUCUCUCCAACCACCAGGUGCAAUGGUACCAUCGCUUUUACAACUGUCUGUAAACCCUGGAGGACAGUAUUUGUGUUCGGAUGGGGGUGCCACAUCUUCAAUGUGCUUGAUAAAAUUGUGCCGCACGACACAACUUAAUAUUAUGUCCUCACAAAGGUCAACAUUCGCAAUAAUUGGCCGUCUUAAUAUUCUCCAACGUUGGCUUAGAAUACCGAACGCAUUUUCUAUUGUUCGCCGUCCCCUUGAAAGGCGGUAAUUGAAAAUCUUCUGUUGUUCUGGCAGUCUCUCCCCAGGAUACGGUCGCAUAAUAUUUGUAUGCAAAGGAAAGGCUGCAUCGGCGGCAAAGAAAUACGGAAAUUGAA